CCCCCUUCCCGAAAAUCGCCUCAGAUUUUUCUGCUUCGGAAUUCCUCUCUCCUCCUCUCCCAUGGCGUCCCUCUUCGGGGCUCGCCGCCGGCGAUCGCCGGAGGACGACGGCGAGGAGGACAGAUCCGCGUCCGGGCGGGUCACCCGCCGCCGCCUUUCGCCGAAGCAGGGCGCGCUGUCGCUGGCCGGGGCGGAGGCGGAAGCGUCGGCGGCGGGGGCGGGGACGGAGAGUAGCCCCGGGUGGCUCUCCACCAUAGUGUCCGGAGCGAGGAGGGUGAUCUCCUCGGUGUUGUUCUCCUCGCCUGAGGAGGCGGCCUCGGGGGAGGAGGAGGAGGAGGACGACGAAGGAGAUGAAAUUGAAGACAAUCGUGGAGCAAUAGUUUCAUAUAGUGAGUCAAAGCUUGCCAUUGAGGACAUGGUUAUGAAGGAGACAUUCUCAAGGGAUGAAUGUGAUAAAAUGGUAAAGCUCAUACAGUCACGAGUUACAGAUUCUGCACUCCCUGAAGCAUGUGAGUAUGGGACUCCUAAAGAAAUUCCAACUAGGAAUGCUGUCAUUGGCAAUGAUUUCACCGGAGCUUGGCGUUCCUUGAGUCGCCAUAAGAAUUGCACUGAAUCAGUUCCAUUCUCUAGUAUUGGAUCUGGUAGCUUUUCUCCUGGUUCGCCUCUCCAUGCAUCGCCUGAGCUACUGAGUGCAGCAGUUAUGGAAGCAAAGAAAUGGCUAGAAGAUAAAAGGCAGGGAUUAGGUUCAAAGCCUGAAGACCAUGGACCUUGCACAUUAAACACUGAUAUGCUUAACUCUGGGUUUGAAUCUGGUAUGGGUUCUCCAGUUGAUUUAGCGAAAUCAUACAUGCAGUCAUUGCCUCCUUGGCAAUCUCCAUUCUUAGGUAGUCAGAAGUUUAAGACACCACCCUCCGCUGGGUUACAUAUUUAUGAUGAUGCAGGGAAGUUUAAGUAUUCUCUCCCAUCAUCAAAGGUCACCACCAAGGAAGACUAUCUUUCCACUUUUUGGGAAAAUUUGGAGGAAUCUCGUAGGUCUCGCUUGGGAUCAUCCGGAAGUUCUCCAGAUGCUUCUAAAACCAGGCAGUAUUGUUCUACUUCCAGAUUGUUUGAGAAUGAUGCAUCUAUAUUCUCACCAGGUACUUAUAAGAAAUUCGAUGAACCAGAGGAAAACAAUAAAGGUUCUGAUAAAGUUGCAGAAGCAGAACCGGCUAAUGGGCACUCUUCACCUAUUACACCGAGUAAAGACAAAAAUGAUGUGGUUGUUGAUCCUGUGGACCCUGCAAAAGAUGUCGAGAAUGUUGUCAAUGAAGGCAAUGCUGCAUCCAAAGUUCAUAUAGAGGAGAUAUCACAGGGCAACCAUAUUUCUUCCACAAGUGUUACAAAGGAUGCUGUUGAACAUGAUGGAGAUGUUAAAGCUCCUGUUGCAGAACCGGAAAUUCACGGGGAGUCAAUAAACUCAGCUUCAGAGUUGAGAACAAGGGGUACAGGUCACCGCACCCGUGCAAGCUUAAAUGGGUCUACCAAAAAAACUUCUGCCAAUGGUCUUCGGGAUCAAUCAAACGCCAACUCGGGGUUAGAAUCUUCGGGCAAUGAUAAUCCCAGUUACACCAACUCGAGCAGCGCUGUGCGUCCCACCAGUAAUGACAUUAUCGAUUCUACGACAGACGCAGCAGAUGGUGAUUCUAUGGAGAACGGCACGAGAUUGACUUCAAAAGAACCUGCGCAGGUAGACCCAAAACCACCCUAUGUUAGGCGAGGACGGAAAAGGGUGGUUCGAGGCACAAGAGGAAGAGCAAAGUAGAAGCAUCUGCUGCACCCGCAUUGUUUGUAUACCACUAAUAUUAACGGCCCAAACGGGGUGGUAUGAUAAUGAUACCUAGGUUAACUAGAGUUAGCAUUGAUCGGUGGAUUUUAUCGUGCACCCACACUUGUAUCCAUGUUGUAUUGUUGUAGGCUUCAUAUUUGACUACGUUUCACGAUCUGAAUGUGAUUACUAGGACUGGUAGAUGCAUUUCUCUCCUUUUCUUUUCAGUUUAAAACUUGUGGGUAGUUGUGCAGAUGGAAGAACAAAAAUGUUUGUUUGUAUUUACUGUAGCAGCAAAAGGAUAACCAUGUAGGUGACUAGAGAUGUACUCCUACUUCUGUUAUCUGUAUCAUGAUGAUUCAUGCAGCGGUGGAUGCUGAGGAUUCUCGCCAUGUAACCAGUAUUUCGUACUACUAGGGGUUUUCUGUUCAUUGUUUGGUUCCAUGGGCUCCUGCUUUGCUUGGAUUUUUUUUGUUACU